UUGCAUUCCUUUUCACUUUAGCAAAAGUAAUUUAAAUAACAAUGACAUCUUUUGAAUUUCCAUGGCAGUACAGUUUCCCACCUUUUUAUACGAUCCAACCAAAUUCUGAUACCAGAGCAAAACAAAUCGAAGCAUGGAAAAAUCUUUUAUUGAGUUACUACAAGCAUCAUAAACUUUAUCGACUUGACAUUGUGGAGGCGCAAACAGAUGUGCUCUUUAAUAACAAAGCAAUUAACAGGAAACUAUCUUUGGAAGGUAUUAUACAAAUUUUGAAUUCUUUGGAAAAAACUGGCCAUGUUGAAUGGGAUAAUAUUAAAGAAAAAAGACGUUGUUAUUUAAUGUGGCGAACACCGGACGAAUGGGCAGAUAUGAUAUAUAAUUGGGUUUCUGCAAAUGGCAUGACAGACACUGUGUGCACGUUGUUCGAACUGCAUUCAGGGGACGAUACAACAGGUGAAGAGUUUCAUGCCAUUGAUAUAAAUGUUUUACGAAAAUCGCUACAGGUGUUGGAACGUAGGGGUAAAGCACAAAUAUUUUCAGCUGAAAAUCCACAAGAAGAAGGAGUUAAAUUCUUUUCCUAAUUUCACUUCUUUUUUAUUGAUUUUUUGUAACAUAUUUUCUUUGUUAUGUUUUGUUGUUAUUGUGCCACUUCCUAUCUGGACAAAUAAAGCAUGUUAUCAUUUGAAUAAACCUUGGAUAAUUGAUUGGAAUUGUAAGGGGAUUAAGUUUGAGCUGAAUUUUUUAUUUUAUAUAUUUCGGAAAGCGAAGAUUAGUUAAAAUAUUUGCGUUUUUAGGCAGAACUUAAAAGAAAACUUCAAUACUAUUUCUAAGUGAUGGUUAUAUUGAAAACCCUGUCUGCAAUUGAUUAAUGUUUGUCAUUCUGUGAAAAAAAUCUGUCUUUAUAACACAUCAGUUUUUUUAUAAAGCAAGCAGUUAUGCUUCGCUUCAAACACUUGAACUAUCCUGAUAUAGUUAUAAUCUAGUGUUUUAUUAGUGUUAACUUUUUAACUGGCAAAAAUUUAUUUUGAAAUGCAGCCCAUGUAGCAUUAAAUAAUUUUUUUUUCUUAUACAGUGAAGAUUGAUUAUUGUACAGACAAUUUUGUAUAAUUUUACCCUAGUUGUAUUCCUUUAUGUUGAAAAAUUAGGGAGGUGUAUAUGUGUAAGGGGAGAUUAUAUAGAAGUUCAGUAUUUCA